GUCCUGGGUAGAUUCGUUAGAGUAUAACAAGACUAUUAUAUACGUAUCAUGUGUGAUGGAGACAUCUAACACGAUGGGACCCCCGUGGCGGAGCAAUGCACCUCUUUUGUGCCUUUUGUCGGCAGUCUUUGCUUUCAGCUAUAUACAGGCGGCUGACGUCAAGGUCAACUCAAUAACCCCGACAAGAGGCAGUUUUACUGGACAAACCCGGAUCACGAUAUACGGUUCGGGAUUCGCCGAGAGUUCGUUUAACUUAAACGACGAAGAUUCACACCUUGGGAACACAGUUACAUUGUCGUCUGCUGUACAGUCCUUCAAAUGUACAAUCCACCAGGACGGAACGACUACAGAACAAAUAAUGUGCUACACUCCACCUGGCAUGCCGUAUGCCCUGUACAAACCGUACGUAUCGGUGGACGGAGGAGAGUUGGUGACCUGUAGAUGGUGUAAUUAUAGGCCAUAUAAAUGGAACACUCCAGAGAUAAAAACACUGACUCCAACUUCCGGCCCACCAGGUACGCUGUUGACCAUAUGUGGAAGGAUAUACACGAGCAGCUUUGGAGCAGAUAUGACCAGUACAAACGAACGAGAGGUGGAUAUCAGAAGGGUAACAGUUGGCGGGUAUCCCUGUGAUAUGAAGGAUGAGAAUGAUGAAUUCUAUCUCCUUGAACUCACCCCCGAGACUGGCGAUAACGGCUGUUUAACAUGCAAGCUAUCCGAAACAUGUUCCAGAACAGGAAUUAUCAACGGUAGCGUCUUGAUAUCCGGGCAGUUUGGCGCAUCUACGACAAGCACAUACAGAAUGAGUGGAAAUGGACAGAUGUAUAUGUUUCAGAGCUACGCAGUCAUUGAUUCUGUGAGCCCUACAUCUGGCAGUGCAGAGGGUGGAACGGUGAUAACUAUCACGGGGAACUAUUUCGACCACUCCAUAGAAGAACCUACAGUCAGAGUUGGGGGUGUUAACUGUGCGGUCCUGACGAGAACGGUGACACAAAUAACAUGUCGCACUAUGAGUGAUCCCAGUGUUCCUGAACCAGUUAAUCCGGGAAAUCGCGGAUUGCUGCUUGAGUUAUGGAACGGUACAUAUAGAAACCAGAGGGAUAUUGAUCAGGUGUUGCAGUUCAACGAGUCUACAAAUGGGCAUAUUGCAAUGUGGACUGACGAUUUCUACACCGCGAACGUCUUCACUGAAAUGAAUCUCUUCACAGGCAGACUCCAGGGGUAUUUUAUACCACCAUGGGAAAGCGACUACAAGCUCAUGCUGAUGUGUGACGAUGGAGCUAAGUUAUAUUUCGGUCUAGAUGGAAACCACGAUAAUAAGACGCUAAUUGCCGAGUGUCCUACCUAUAGCAGAACUUACACCAGAUUUUCUUCCCAGAUAUCGACACGGAUGCAUUUACUUCCAAAUAAAAGUUAUCCUAUUGAGGUGAUAUUUCGGGAAGGAUAUCAUAACUACUUCGCGAAAGUAGCGGCCAUGGUGUUUACUCACACAUUUAAUGGAUCGUCAUCAGAAACAGUUGAGGCAGUGAAGUGGGAUAAUCAGGCUGUCAAAAUGAGAUCUACCUUUAAGAAGGAAAUACAGCUCAUCCAAUUCUCUAACUGGGCAGAACAGACAGGAACAAGCGAGAUUCAACGUGUGACGGUAUCUGUGAAUUCAGGACAACCUCUGGACGCUGGUUUCCGGUUGGGAUUGUAUUCUGUUUUUACCAGAACACUAUCAUAUGCCUGCAGUGAAAGUGUUAUGAAAACUGAACUAAACCUACUACCGAUAUUUUCCCCGGGUGACUUGAUUUCAGUUACAAGAAGCGAUCAAAAUGGCGUGUAUGUGUAUAUCAUAACCAUCAACUCUGACAGAGGUGACUUUCCUGACCUUCAAGUGAAACUCGUGUCUGGGGAUCUCAAUAUAGAUGUGACCACCACACAAGAGGGGGUUCCGAAUGGUGAAAGUGCAGGACUAUUUAUGGAAGGUGUUCCAGGUCCACUUGUUAGCACUGAUGCCAACGAAAAGCAGAUGCAAGCCGCUCUCAAAACCAUGCUUACCUCACAAUGUCCGACUUACAUAGUUAAGCAACCGCGAUGCUUUCUCUGUUACGAUUUUGAAGACGAAGGUUCGUUACCGUAUACAUUUCGAAACGAAUGGACAAAUACGGUUGAAGCUUUUUGUGGAAAUGGAGUCGUAAUGAACCCUGAUAUGCUCCUUCACAACUCCUAUACCCCAGAAGUCAAGCUUAGCAGAUAUCCAUAUUUCUGUAUGGCAUACAAGGGAGAUAUACAACCUCUGUUGAGGAUGUAUGUAAAAAAUGUAUUUACUGGAGGAAGAACUGCAAAAGCUUGGGUAAACUUGAAAACCUUCUUCACGCCAUCCAAUGACUUAUCAAGGUGGACUUACGGAUGCCACGACUUGAGAGACCUUGUGUGGAAUAAUAAACCGGUUGAUGCUGUGGAAGUUAAUAUUAUUCAUAUGUAUGUAUUUAGAGGGGAUGGUGAUAUGUUCGUUGAUUCGUUGUUCUUUGGAGACGAACGAACCACAUCAGAUAGUGUCAAUGCCCACGAACUGCGUUUGCCGUCCAUGCCGAACGGAUACGGAAUCGUUGAUGUUGACGUGGCGGAUUAUAAAAACGGUACAUACGAGGCCACCUUUACAGCUGCCUAUGGCGGACACGGCUAUCCUAUGAUUACAACAAAAAAUAGCCAGAGGCCUACAGGAGCAGACGUGACAGUAACGAGACUUGAGCGCGCGUCUGAACCAAUCAGCGGAACAUUUGAUCUCACUCUUUUAGGAAAGACUAUCUAUGGUAUACCGGUCAACAUUAGCGACGAAGAUUUCGGGUCCAGAUUUGAGGAAAUUCCUAUUGAUGCUCACGUUCAACGGAUAGGCAACCGUUUGUUUCAUUUCGAUAUCAAUGUGGAGUUUUAUACAAAUCCUGGAGAUCUGGAACUGUUCCAGAUCAACGACACUUUUGUCACUGGGAGGAACAUUAACGUCACGGCAGUCAGUCUGGUCGAUGGCCAUUUACUUAUGGACCCUAUACCCGGUGAACACUUGAGGACUCCACAUGCGAAACAGCAGGUGACGGUAAUAAACAGUGGCGUUCCAACAAAAUGUACCGGUGACUGUUCAUUUGAGUAUUUGGAGAGUUCAACGCCAAUCGUGAAUCAAUCAUGGCCGACAACAGGACCACCGAACACGACAAUUACAAUAACUGGUACAGGCUUCAACGAUGGAUCUAGGAACACUGUCACUAUAGGAGGAGUGGACUGUGUGGUUACUACGGCAACCGCUUCGUCGAUCUCGUGCAACACUGGAUUAGGACCUAAUGGAGAGUACAAGGUUAUGGUGAACGUGGCCGGAUCGGGUUACGCGAAACAUAAUACAACCGACCAGACGUAUACGUACAAUACACAUAUAACAAGUAUUAGUCCUAACUCGUCAGGAAUAGGAGGAGCAGUUAUGUUGACCAUGCAUGGGUACGGCUUCAGCGACACUGUUCUCCCGACAGUAGACUCCAGGCGUUGUAGCGUAAAGACAUUGACGUAUACAGAAGUAGUCUGUGAGGUUCCACCUGCGGCUACAGACGGCGUUGUUGACGUGGCUAUCAAGUAUGAUAUCUUGAACGGUAGUGACACGAGCAGUUUGGCGGCAAGUUUUACAUACGAUGACUCGCUGACACCACGGAUAACAGGGAUAUCGCCUACAGCAACUGGUGUCGGAGGCGGUGGACACCUAGUCAUCAAUGGCACUGGGUUUGGUGUGCAGAACAAUACAAUCUUGAUGCUUGGUGGUACACAACUGAAGAUAAUGGCCCAAAGCGAUACCCAAGUCACUGCUGAGUUAUCCCCCUGUACUGCUGGAAGUAAUACAGUCAAACUAUGCAUCGGAGACUUUGGAGCCGCACUUGAUUCGUCCAACAAGCUGCCAAAUAUAACAUGCGAGCUGCGGAUUGACAACGUUUAUCCUGUCAGUGGAUCGCUACACGGCGGCACAAGUAUCACACUUACCGGAGAGGGCUUCUCUGACCAGGUUGAAGUCAAAGUUGGUGAUUAUGAAUGUGAGAUCGAAUCAACUACUGAAAACCAAAUUAUUUGUCGAAUAGAAAACACCAAACAAAUGCAUCGUGUGACCAUUGAGGAGAUUCCACCAGGUCUAAAUAAACGCCAUUUGAAAAUCCGAGCCAGUGACGAGGUAUUAUUUAAAUGGCAGUUCCCGGAACAUUUGGAUGAUCUUACUAUGAAAAUGGGGCAAUCAAAGGAUAUGACAACAAAGGCAUUCUUAGUUGGUGGUUUCGACAGUGGCGAGGCAACACACUCAGGUUAUUUCAUGAAACAAUUUAAUACACCCGGGCGUGUGUACUACUGGAGCGGUUGUAUUGAUCGAGGUUGCAAUUACCAGUUUCACGGAUACAUAGAUGUGGACAAACUUGUUUCCUCAGCAGCCAAAAUAAGCGUUGAGUUGAACGGCAUCGAGGCAACCUAUAACACCAAAUCUGGAGUUGAAGACCCAUCGGAUUCCAGUCAGUGUCAGACCUCUACCGCCAGUAUCGCUGACUGUAAAGACAAAUAUCCCGCCGUGUCGGACCCAUCGCAUUUCUACUUUGCAUUUUGGUCAUGUAAGACUCCUUCUGUUGAGACGGUGGAUGUAGAUAACGGGACAACAAAUUCAGACAUCGUGGUGACUGGAGUAGGGUUUUCAACGAUUAACUGUCGGAAUGAAAUCACAUUUGGCGAUUACUCAUGUUCAGCUACGUCAAGUUUCAAAUCAAAUGCUACUUGCAGGAUCGACAUAUCAAAUAGCCCGGAAAUAGGGCGCCCGGGGAUGAUUCAGUUUCGUGUUAACAAUAUGGGUUUUGCUAAUAUAAAAACUGACUUGAAGUUUGCUUUGCUACCAUUAGUACUUUCAAUUGCGCCCACGACAGGUUCAUUGGGGGGCGGUACAUUGGUGGUGAUCUCUGGGACGGGAUUUAUAGAAGGAAGCAAGUGUGCAGAAAAUAUAGACGUUACAUUUGGGGGAUACCAAUGUGUGGUUAAAAACUGUACGUAUACGUCUAUCACCUGCAUAUCCCCGCCAUCGUCAAUAGCUAAAGACGUGAACGUGCUUGUAAAGAUUGCUCAAGGAAAUGUGAGGGUACCUAGUAUUUGUGAAUCCUCCUGUAACUUUACAUACACCGAGAACGCGACGCCUACAAUAACGGGUGUUACACCACAAUCAGCAACAGGCGAGACGACAACCCUGACAAUUAACGGAACAAUGUUCGGGACGACGAGAAGCUCAGUAACGGUGUCACUGUCUAGUAAAGCCCUUGCUCAAAGCUAUGCAUGUAACCUGACGUCAGUACCGAUCGACACAGAAAUUCAGUGCUCCAUUGAGAAUCUUCCAGUUGGAAAUAAUAAUAUUGAAGUUCACAUUAUUGGAAAGGGCAUUGCGACUGGGAAUCUUUUAGUGACCAGUGUACCAACGAUAUCUAACAUCUCGCCCGACCUUGGAAGUGUACACGGAGGUACAUCAUUAACUGUCAGCGGAAACGGGUUUCUUUCGGACACGACAGUAAAACUUAAUAGUAAAUUAUGUGCAGUGUCUUUUGUCGACCUUUCCAAAGUUGUAUGUUCUACCCCAAGUAACGUCGAAGCUUCUGUUGCGGUAGUCGUAAAGUCAAAUUCGAAAGCCUACCCCCAGCAAACAUUCUCCUACAACAUGAGCAUAACACCUAGCAUAGGUUCUAUAUCACCUACUUCCGGAACUCAUGGUACAACCAUAACAAUUACCGGCACCAAUUUUGAGUCUCAGAAUGAAAUGAAUCAUGUCUUCAUUGAAAACACGCCUUGCAAUGUGACAUCCUCAUCGCCAACUAAAAUAGAAUGCGUUGCCGGAAGUCAGACUGCAGGAACGCAUAAUUUGUUCGUUGAUGUAACAGGCAUUGGAAAAUCUAACAUGUAUGAUGGAUUUACAUUUGAAACGUCGGUGGUAGCCAUUUCUCCCACAUCAGGGAGUAUGGCUGGUCUACAGACGGUGACCAUAACCGGAACUGGGUUUGAGCAAAAUAUUAUCGCAAUGAUAUGUAACGAAAUCUGCAAGCCUACUGGAAAUGCCUCCACAACAACCCAAUACGUCUGUCUGACACCUGAAGUAGAAGGAAAUGUCGACAUUGUCUGUAAUGUGACCAUCAUCCAGACUUCUGUAACGAAGAGCCUAACCGAAGCGUUCACGUAUAGCUCUACCAUUACCCCGAGUAUCACGAGUGUUGCCCCAACACGUGGCGGUACAGCAGGAGGCACUGUAUUGACCAUCAGCGGAACUAACUUUGGUGGAAGACAGAGUCAACCGUGUCCGUCUGAAGUGAGUAUAGAUGGUUCGGAGUGUAAUAUCACUUCCUGGACAAACACGGUGAUCAAGUGUGUAACAGAAUCCCACCAAGGAUCGAUGAUGGCAUUAGUCCGUGUGGUACCAGGCUGUAACGGACAGGCGAAACAGGUCAAUGCAGGAUUCCAAUAUGUAGACGUCUGGUCCUCAGAAUUUACUUGGGGUGGUUUAGGUCUUCCCACUUCCGGCGACCUUGUUGUCAUCAAAAGUGGUCAAACAAUAUUGCUUGAUACCAGCACUCCGAUUUUAAAACUACUUCUGAUACAAGGUGGAACCCUCAUUUUUGACGAAAUAGACAUUGAGCUGAACGCAGAAAUCAUCCUUGUGACCGAUGGUGGACUUUUUCAGAUUGGAACUGAAGAAGAACCGUUCCAACACAGUGCUAAGGUCACUUUGCACGGGCAUCCGCGAUCGAAGGAGAUACCAAUAUAUGGGACGAAGACAAUAGCUAUCAGGGACUCACGGAUAGAAUUACACGGCAAACCUCGUAACACAUCAACCCAGUUAUAUUCCACAGCAGCGUCAGGUCAAAGUAUCAUAGAGGUGGAAAAUGUCGUACCAUGGGUGACGGGGGACCUAAUAGUCAUUGCUUCAACAGGAAAACCUAAAUCACUGCAUGAAAACGAAAUCCACACGAUCCAAAGUGUCAUUGUUACAAAUAGAAAUACCACCAUUUUAACUCUUGUUUCCCCCUUGAACCACACCCAUCUUGGCACAACUGAGAAGCAUGCUGGGAGAGAAAUACACUUUCGGGCGGAAGUUGGCCUUCUGUCACACAACAUCGUUAUCCAAGGUAACCGCGACUAUGGAUUAGAAGAGGACGACACACUGAGUUCGGAUGGAUUUGGUAUGGGAGAAUUCGACAUCCAAACCUGUUCAACGGGACGCUUGCAAAGUGGCAAUGGUCAGUUUGGUGUUCACGUAAUAAUACACAAAUCAUCAACUAGCACUAAAGCCAUGGCGCGGAUAGAAUAUGUAGAACUUCACCAUGCUGGUCAAGCUUUUCGUCUUGGGCGUUAUCCUAUUCAUUUCCACUUGCUUGGAGAAGACGCAAACAGUUCAUAUGUCCGAGGUGUGGGCAUCCGUGAAUCUUUCAAUAGAGCGGUGAAUGUUCACAAUUCUCACGGUGCUCUUAUCGAACACAACGUUGUAUUUGACAUAAUGGGUGGCGCAUUCUUCCUCGAAGACGGAAUAGAACAUGGAAAUAUAAUUCAAUUUAAUAUCGCUGUUGGUGUAAAAGCAAGUAGUAGUUUACUGAAUGACGAUAUUACUCCAGCAGCUUUCUGGAUCACCUUUCCGUACAAUUUCGUACGUUAUAACCGUGCCGCAGGAGGAACGCACAAUGGGUUCUGGUAUCGCAUGAAUCCGCACCCUGAGGGGCCAUCAUUCACCAAAGAUGUUUGUCCCCAAUCAGCUCUUUUUGGUCAAUUCUAUGGCAACACAGCGCAUUCGCAAGGCGAGUUCGGUGUGUGGUUUUUCCCUACCUACACUCCAAGGGCAGGAGAGUGUAAAGAAAGUCUACCGGUACCAGCAAAAAUAGAACAUACCUACGUAUGGAACAGUAAAAAAUGCUUUGAAGCGGUAAACAGUGGAGAUAUUCACGUUGAAGAUUUCACGGCCGUCAACUGCGAAAACGUAGCCAUUGAAUACAAGUUGGUAAUAGAAACCGGUAACCUGUUGUCUAGUUCUUCCGGACCACGUAUAUUUGGCGCGUUCAUCAAAGCGUCUGACAGAGGAGAUGGUAUCGUGGUACCGUACCAGGGAAUAUUUCAGAUAUCAAAUGUUACAUUUGUAAAUUACAACGCAGGCGCUGCAUUUGCGGUGACGAGAAUAGCUGGACAUUGUACAAAUUUCUGUGGCGGGUUUGAGUAUCUUACAUCUAACCUUAACUUUUAUAAUUCGUCAAACCGCGUCAAAAGUGCAUGGAAAUGGGAAUAUGUAUUUACAGACUUGGAUGGAACCCUAUGUGGAUCGAAACACUGUAAGGUAUUGCCAACAGUAGGCACUCUGCCUUCAAGCUGUUCAGCAUUUACGUCAGCCGUCGGGAUAGAGACCUCUAAGUGUCCUUCUGAUGUCGAAUUUAUACGGUUGUCAUUUAAUAAUCUGCUACCUGAUUCUGUGCUGUUUAAAACAUUGAACAUUACCACCGAUAGAAGGACAGGAUUGGUCCCUUGGCAGUUUAAAGGAAUCACACAUCCAAAGGGUUAUCACCUCAAUUGUUUGGUAAACAAGACAACCUUGAUAGAGACUGACAACGGAUAUAAAAUGACGAAUCUCAGCUUCUCUGGCUUAGUUUCCAAUGUCAAGCCACACGAGUUUGCUAUCGUUGCAUGGCAGUUGACGAAGAAACCAGAUAUAUUUAAGAUAAACGGCAUCAAAAUCAAUAGCACAAUGGACGACGAGGAUCUCGAUCCAACAAUCCACUACCAUGGAGACUGGAUGUUUGACAAUGAAACCAGUAUCAUCAAUAUCUUAGUUUCCUACAACGAAAAGGACAAACCAGUUUUGGAAGGUCGCAAAAAACUUUUGUUCAACCUAGAAAUUAUUCACUGUUACUAUCCGGAUUGUGUGGAUCCCUCCACGGUUGACACAGGAGGGAUUCUUACCGCAAGACCGGAGCAGCAUUCAUUUUGGUCUGACAAUGCAUCAUGGCCUGGCGGAGCACUUCCUGUUGACAACGAUACCGUUGUUAUCGAUAAAGGCGUUUGGAUGGUGGCAGAUACUCUGAUCCCCACACUUGACAAGCUUAUUCUUUAUGGCGCCCUGGAAUUGGAUCAUGGGCCAGUAGGAAACUUUUAUCGUAAUUUCACCUUCACCGUAACGGACAUCAUUAUUAUUGGUGGGCGACUUAUUAUUGGUUGGCCCGAUGACCGUUUUCUAGGAAUGGCUUGCAUCAUUUUGAGAGGGCAGCGAUUACCUGACGACAAGACUGAUAAACUACUUCCCGGAUCAAAUAUACCAAUCAAUAGAAAAAGUAUUGCCGUAUACGGUGGACUGGACUUGCACGGGAUAGAUGAAGAGAUUCCCUGGACUACUCUGUGUUUGACAGCAUCACCCGGGGAUACCUCGCUCACAUUUUGCCAGGCAGUGGAGUGGAAAGCAGGGGACGUUAUAGUGCUUGCUCCUACAUCAUACGACCCAUGGGAGACAGAGACGUUCCGCAUUACAUCGAUUGAUGGGAAGAAAGUAACACUGAAUGACACUGUUCAAUACCGACAUAUUGCCCACACUGAAAACGUUGCCGGGAGAAACGUCACUAUGGCAGCCGAGGUUGGAAAAUUGACAAGAAAUAUAAAAAUCAUCGGAGAAGAGGCUCCUAACUCAUUUGGCGGACGAGUGCUAGUUGGACAAGGGGUGCUGAAUGACACCCUUUACACAGGAUUUGCUCGGAUUAAUAACGUAGAGUUCUUCCGUACCGGCCAGGAAGGUUUCGUGUCCCCCUCGGAUCCACGAUUUUCUGUUGCGUAUCUUUAUGUUGGAGAUGUGUCAGAAGAAAGUCCGUCCUACGUUGUUAAGUGUGCGUUCCACCAUGGCAUGUCUCCUGCAGUAGGAGUGUUUGGUACACAUUACCUCAAUAUCACAGACAACAUCAUCCACCAUACUGUCUGGUUCGGUUUGAAAACAGAAUCAAGAUACACCAGUAUUGAACGCAACUUGUUUAUACUUAUAAUAUCGGAAAGCGUCUAUGAUGGUCGAUUUGAGGAAGGAAACUACAGGUUUGGAGCAGCCAUUGAGGGAAAUAGAGCGGGUAAUCUGAAGCUCAUAGAUAACCACGUGGCUGGAGCAGAGCGAGUUGCGUACAGAGUCCAGGGGAUCGAGUGUGGAGCAAUGGGCGGACCUUCAGGGAACGUGGCACACACUUCUCUGUUUGGAUUUAUAAUUUUUCCAACUGACGUGUUAUCACAAUCAGACUGUGUGGAAAUUUCAAAUUACUUCUUUUGGAAAAUCCGUUUAACCGCCCUUUAUUAUCAGAACCGGUACUCGGUGGAUGUAUCGGGUUUAAUAUCGGCAGAAAAUGGAGUCGGAGUGUAUAUCCAGGUAGUGGGCCCCAGCGUUGUCUCCCAUGCGUACGCUCCCAAAACUUGUAACUUAAGGAACGGUAUUAUGAUAGGAACAACUGCCUCUUUCAACUGUACUUCAGAUGCAUACAAGACAGAUAAUAACAUAAGGAUUGUGGGAGAACGGUCAGAUCCCGGGAACAAGGAGGCGCACAUCGGUACAUAUCCCUGUGCAUUUAUGGCGAGUGACAACAAAGCUCCGACAAAGACUCUACACAAUAUCAUGGCAUACAAUUCCAUCAUGGGAUACUACGGAAUUGAAAAUAUGAUAUUUUGGAAUUUUAACACAACCUGUGGAAGAGACGAUGUUGUCGUGUCAGGUGACCCAAACAAUGGCGAUGGACAACAUCCAAUCGAGAUACAAAAUACUACACGAAAUGAUUGCAACCUGGUCAGGAUACCUAGACCAAACCUUGGGGAAAUCAACGAUGGUGAUUGUGUGGAUAUGAACUGUGAUGGAUUGAAGAAACUUCUCAUCAAAGAUUUAGACGGAACGUUCUUAAAGGGGAAACCAGGGGCAGUCAUCCCAGAGUCAGAAUUUGAAUGGAAUGCCGGUACAAAGAGAAAUCUUGGUGACCACAGGAUACCGACGUCUUUGUUGACUGACUCAAAUGGACGUCAAAUUCCUGUUAAUGUUACAGCCCCCCAUAAAGGGAUCAUUCGGAACUCACAGUGUCAAUACCGCGAUAUGUGGCAGGCGUACGAGUGCCAUGAUUUGGACUAUGAGAUGCUUAUUAUAGAAAGCAUGGACGCCGACUCGGAAUUUCGACGCCUGUCACCCGUCGCCAUCCUAGGAGAUGGAUACCUUGACCUUAUCAACGGACCCCAAGAUCAUGGCUGGUGUAGCGGUUACACCUGUCGCAAGCGUAUCUCCACAUUUAUGGCAAUUGUUGCUACAGGUAAAUCCUAUCAAGUGCACUUUAGUAGCACCAGUCCUCAGUCACUACGUCUGUUUUUACUGAACUCUGACUCUAGCCAGGCAGUAGUCAUUGGCAUCUGGUACGCAAAAUCGUACCGACGGGACGUCUAUCUUGGUAAAAACCUGGUGUUAGCGACGAAUGCAGAAUUAGAUGGAGGAAGUUAUACAAUUAAACAACCGACAACUCAAGGUGAGUUUGUUCCGAAUGCAACGUCAAAUGCUACAUCAGGAACAAACUACUUUGAUAGGGAUAAAAGCAUCUUGUAUGUACUUGUCAGAGGAAACACUCCCGUUGUCAUCAUCACAAAGCCCGCCAUUAUCAUAGCUUUUGAUGUUCCUGCUUUAAACGAAGAGGAGUCCUUCUUUGGUGAGAACUUGGUCUGGAACCUGGCUCUAUUCUUUGCUAUUCCACCAAAUAAAAUCCGAGUGAUGAAUGUUAUUCGGGAGGACACCAGACGAAAAAGGCGUCAAUCUACAGCUAAAGUAGAAUUCGAGAUAUCGGAACCUCCUUCAGAAACUGUCGAGGAAAACAAUGGGACGUUGUCUUAUGGGGACAAUAAUGCGACAUUGACUUUUGAACAAACGAAAAACAUGACAAAGAAGUUUGCGGAUGAAGUACAGUUGGGAGACAUCAAUGCGGUUUUAAACACGACAGUUUCCAACGUUGUGGUAAGCGCUCCUCUACCUGAGCCUGGUACUGAGGAGUGGUCAGUCCAGGCGAACUACUCUGACGACUCGGAAAAAUUGACAUCACUUGUGAAAGUUGAUGCCUUCUCUAUACACACUCAGCCGGAACAAAACUACGAAACGCACAUACUCAACACACAGCCGAAGAUACAGGUGUUAGAUGAACUGGGUAUGUCUGUUACACAACUGGGAACAGAUGGUGAGAAAUGGAGCGUGACGGCCUAUCUACGAGAGGAUACAACCCAAUCGGUGCCAGCACAGGGUCUCUCAUACAAUCCAAACGCCCAGCUACAGGGAACAACAACUGUCGUAUUUGUUGAUGGCUGGGCAAAUUUCACUGACCUUGUCAUUUCUGAAUCCGGCACAAUGUUUGCAAUUGACUUCAAUCUAACUACGCCUACUUCUGGCCGUAGACUUCAUAUCUCUUCACAGCCGCUUACCAUUCAACCCCGUAUGAUCAAACCAGUGGUAACCAUUCUAUCAACCACCAUCGUCGAAAAUAGCACCGUAGCAAUAGAUAUCGAGCUCUAUGAUAACUCCACUAACACACGGAUCUCGGAUGCAUCUUGGAGGGGUCAUAAUUGGACAGUAACCGUUGGACUUAACACGAAGGCUGUUCCUCUCGGCUCCAUGGAAGGAACUAAACAAGUGUUAUUUGAUAGUGUAAAUAGUAGGGCUGUAUUUGACGACCUCACCUUCACCAGCUACGGACUGUAUUUUCUAAAGUUCCACGUAGUAUCCUCUCCUGUCGAGUAUGAUUUUUAUGAGGAAGUAUCUAUCGCUGUCAACUCAUCGAUGACAGCGGAAAACUCUACAAGCAAACUCGUUGAAACAACAUUCAACGCAGCCUAUGAUGACGUCAUAAAAGACGACGUGACCGCUCUGCACUUCGGAACUGCUGUGACCAACACAUUUGCAAAAGAAAAUCCUGAAACACGCGUUGAUCUCGUCAGUGUAACGAGAGGGAGCAUCAUUGUCACUUUUACUGUGUCUGGAAAUCCCUCCGCCGUUGACUCAAUGAUACAGGGAGCGUGUACAAACACCACCAGCAUAGUGUUUAAUGGAGUAUCUGUACCACUGUCAGGAAAUCCCACGUUCAAUGGAAGUAACUGUAGCGCACUUAUCGACCUACCGACAACAGCCAGUACGUCGACUUCAACGUCAGCAACUACAUCGACGUCAACGUCAACAUCUACGUCGACGUCAAGUUCGACGUCGACAUCAACGUCAGCAACUACGUCGACGUCAAAGUCAACAUUUACGUCGACAUCAACGUCACCUUCCACGUCAACAACGUCACCUUCCACGUCAACAUCGACAUCAACGUCAACUUCCACGUCAACAUCGACAUCAGCAUCACCUUCAAUGUCUACAUUAACGUCGACUUCCACGGCUACGCCAACCUCAACAUCCACGACAUCGCCAUCUAUCCCGACUUCAUCAUCGGCGGCGACGACCGCUGAAACAAUGCCUUCAUCAGAAGGAAUGUCGACCUCGAUAUUGAUCGUCAUAAUUGUAGCUGUACUUGCGAUUCCGAUUGCGGCCAUUGUAGUGAUUGUCUUUAAAUGCAAUAAGGCGCGAAGCUACAGGAAUGGACGCAGGAUAUCACAUCCUUACCGCCAGAAUGUUGAUACCAUCUACACCGACAAAUUGGGCCAUCUAAAGGAGGAGAAAUACGCGUAUAUCACUGGACCAACUACUAGAUAUGUGCCAUCGGAGAGGAACGGGGGCCCCUCCUCGAGAAGUAGUACCCCUACAAUCUAUGUUCAGCGGUCUCCAAUGAUGAACACUCGUGGAAUCUACACUGAACCACUGUCUAGUUCAGGCACGCCAACGUCCCUUCAUCAUUCUGGCUCCAAUACAAGGGAACCUGUUGUGCUUGGUGUUUCCAAUGCAGGGUACCAGACGGAGCCUGUUGUUCUUUCAGACAAAAGUGGUAGGAGUACGCCAUCCUUUUACACUGGGCAUGGCAAAUGGAAAUAGGACAUUUUGAAUCGCAGGCUAAAACGACAAUCAGCUUACUUUCACCAGAGUUUCGCAAAUUUCACAAUCUCAGAGAUAUUUUAGCAAUGCAUAUUGCUUUUGCUAAUAAUUGUUCGGUGAAGAAGUUGAAAUGGUCGCAGUAACAUACAUAGAAAUGAUAAAAAAAACCUAUACAUUUGCCAUUAUUAUUAACUUUUUAUACACAGAGGGAAUUUUUCAUAAAGUAAGCUUCAUAUUUUAACAGAAAGAAAAAAAUAUAAAUAAUAUGGUCUUUGAAUUUAAAUGAACAUAAUGUUUUCCUGUGUGCUUAAUUUGGUAAAAACGUGAUUUAAUAUACAUAACAAAUCAUGCUAAACUAGGUUUGGGGAUUAAAACACGUAAGAAAAAGUCUGUAAUACAAUUUUGAUAACAUAAGACCAUAUGCUAAUUAUUUGUGGGUUUUCAAUUUACAUCUUGGUUAGAUAUAUUACAUGAAAUGUUAUCAGACUAAAUUUACCAUUGAAGAAAUUGUUUUUAAAUUCUUAGCAUCUUUAACUGAAACAUCGUUUUAUAUAAAAGAACUGAUCAAAGCAUUUGUAUGCAGGAUUGUAUAAAUAACCAAACAACAUCUGCAGGUAUAAAGCACAUGGGAUAACAUUUGUUUUCAUUGUAGAUAUCAUGCAUUUAACAUAUCUUAUCAUAAAUGAAUAACAACUUCUGAAAGAUGUUCUUAAAAUGUUUUCAUCCGCUGUUCCUUAAUCUACUGUUACAUCAGUGACUAAUGGUAUACAUAUUUUUUUUUGAUAUCCGGUGUUUCUUUCGAAUUGUUAAUUGUCAGGGAGACACAUUUUGUAAAGCUGUAUUACCUAAAUUCCGGAAUGGCGUGACUGUUAAGACUUUAUUUUAACAGGAAUGCACAUCCUAAAUACCAAAAUACCAAAAUAAAACAAAAAUAAAAAUCGUUUUUAAAAUCGUUGCCUAAUUCUUAUUAAGAAACUUAGUUUAAUAAUAAAAAAAUAACCUCGACUGACACUGUUGUUGUUUGGCAAACACACCAAAGUAUACAAAUGAGGCCACACUCUUGAAAUUCAUGUUUAAAGUUUUUGAUUGCAUAAAACGGGAAAAUUGAAUAAUGAAUAAAAUUGUAUUUUCAAUAACAUAAAUAAACGAUUCUUAUAUAGAUAAAUUAUGUAGAAUUAAUUGUCAAAAAAACAUAAAAUCAUAAAAGAACAUUUGUAAUUAUAUUUACUAACUUGAAGCAUAUUACGUAGUAGUUUGCGAUUAUUAUGAAAAGGCUUUAUUCUGAUUUACAACUGAAAGCAGAGUUUUUAACCGAAGGGACAGUUUUCUGAGUAUAUAAGUUCUCUUUCUUGAUUCACUAGAUCUGCAUGGCCGCUCCGAAGCAGGCGAUAUCUGUUGUAUGCUUGUAAGCAUUGUCAGUCACGAUAUUUAUUUGAUCACCAACUGUGCAUGUAUUUAUCAGAGUCCACGAUUAACUAUACAAAAUAUAUUCAACCGAUAUACGACUAAAAUCCGCAGUUGGGCCUUAAUGGCUUGUAAGCACGAAAAUAACAUUUUAAUGUAAAAACGAUAAUUAUUGUAUUUUGUGCCAUGAUAAUAAUAUAAUAUGGAUAUAAUUACGCUAUAAGCGAUGAGGGUUUAUAAUGUUGGGAAUGUUAUACAUAACUUAUUACUUAUGUUUAAUAAACCAUUUUAAACGUAGGAAAUAUAAAUAUUUUAUGCUUUAAACGUCAAUCCAAGGUAUCAAAGUUGAAAAUUAUAGAAAAUUAAAAUGCAUAGUUUCUUUGCAACCAUUCGUUAUUUUCUGAUAAAUUAAUGCAACAACAAAUGUUUGAUUUUUUUUAAUUCAGCCAUUUUUUUAUAUGCAUGUAACCAAAACACUCUGUUGUUUAGUAAUCACUUAUUGCUAAAUUAUACAAAUUCUGGUUAAUUCAUCGUAGACAAUUUUGUUUUCAAAAGUCAAUCCAUGGCCUCAAUGUUGAAAAUUUUAGAAGAUUUUAAUUUUUUAUUAUUAUUA